AUGCGUGUGCCUUCCGCCGGGGCUUACGGUCGGGCAAAAAUCGGCAACCGGGAGGUCGUAGGCUUCGGCAUGAACGGAGAAUACAGCUACAUAGACCGCUGCGAUUUUCCAUUUCCAGCGAUCCGAUACAGAGAAUGUACACCGGACUUUAUGGCACUCCGGGAGAAGGAGCGCGGCGACUGGCGCAAAUUAAGCCUGGAAGAAAAAAGAUGUUUAUACAGGGCGAGCUUUUGUCAAACGUUCACCGAAUUCGAGGCUCCAACUUCCGAGUGGAAGUCCAUCAUCGGGUGGGCCAUGUUCUGGGUUGGGGUUUCUCUUUGGCUCUUCAUGUUCGUGCAUCAUUUCGUGUACGAGGAAGGGCCGAAAUCGUUCAGUCGCGAGAACAGGAUCGAGCAGUACUACAGACAAGUGGCUAUUAAUAAUCAACCUUUCACCGGCAAUUACCGGCCACCCGGAGCUGAGUACAGAGUUCACGACGCUAGGCGAAAGACCGAGGAAGAGGAAUGA